AUGGGGAAAGAAAAUGAAAAAAAACCUUGGGAAAGAUUUCACAAAUGGAUUCAUUCAAUAUGUGUUGUAAAAUUUGACUUAGAAAUUGGGCAAAUAAUUGAGUUUAUCUAUCCAGGAGAUACAUACUUAAGCAAAGAAGAAAGUACAAGUAUAUGUUAUAUGUCAAUGCCUGAUUCUCAUAGUCCUGUAUCACAAGAAACUAGUUAUCAUUUUAGAUUACAUAAAACAUUUGACAGGGAUACUCAUACACAUCAAUUAUUUAUCAAAAAUUGUCCACAAGCAUUAUCUACAAAUUCACAAUUUUUAUAUGGAUACGUCGUUUUUCGUCAACAAAAAGAUAUUAAUAUAAAACGUGGGUAUUAUCAAAAAAGUGUUGUAAUAUUAGCACCAUAUCCUCUUCAUAUAUUUUAUUACAAUAUUGUUAAAAUUAUUUCUAAUGCAUUUUUUGAAUUUGGUGAAUUAGCAAUUGAAAGUGCAUGUAAACAAUUAGAUGAUUGGCCUGCUCCAGAACCAGGAGCUAUAUUAAAAUUAGGACUACUUAAUAAUACUAUACAUUGUCGUAUACCAAAAUCAAAUGAUAUUGAACAAAGGUAUAAUUUAUUAUCACCUAUUCAUGAAAAUGAAGAAAUAUCAGAAAUAAAAUUACAUACAAUGCAUGAAUUUAAUCUUUAUAAAUAUCUUCGUAGUAUAGCAUCUAAUUUAAAUGCAUUAUGGGAAAUUGUUCUUACGGGUGAUCCAUUAAUUGUAAUGGCACCUUCUCCAGCCAUUUGUGCUCCAUUGACAGAAGCAUUAGUUUCAUUAAUACAUCCAUUACAAUAUUCUGGUGACUAUAGACCAUAUUUUACAAUUCAUGACCCCGACUUUGCAUUAUUUACUAAUUCAUCACAAAUUCCAUGCAUAAUAUUAGGAGUCACAAAUCCAUAUUUUAAUAAAGCUAUGCAACAUUUUCCUCACCUUCUUCGUUUAGGUGAUAUUAAUGUUGAAAAUAAAAUAGAAAGUAAAAAGAAAAAGAAUAAUGUUAAAUUAAAAACACUUGAUACAAAAUUAGGAUUUUUUUCAUCAUCAAAAUUUUUUCUCAAUAAUGAUAAUAGUUUAAUAAAAAAAUUAACAAAAACAGGAAAUCGUCCUGAUGAUGCACAACAUGUUAUUAUAAGAAAACAUUUUACCGAACUUACAGAAUGUUUUAUGUUCCCUUUUGAAAGGUAUUUAUUAUCACUAAUGCCUCUUAGAAAAGAUAUUUCAAUUUUUAAUCCCAUACCAAAAAUAAAUAAUUUUAAUGUUGAAGAUUUUCUUCAAAGUCUCACUCAACAUAAAAAUCCUUUAAAAGCGUACGGUGUACAAAAAGAUAUAUCACAAUUAUAUCGUCGCUUCAUAAAUACGCAAACAUUUAAAAAUUGGUUCAGUAAAAGAUGUGAAGAUAUUAACCUUCAAUUGGUUGAGGCAUAUCAUGAUAUUAUGAAAAAUAUUAAUAUAUCAACAUUAAAUCUUUCAAAACAUAAUCAUGUUGAAGUUGUUGAUUUAGUUAUGAAAAUAAGUAAUCGUUUUAGAUCCCUAUCAUCAACGAUGAAAGAGGAAAAGUCACAAUUAAGAAGGCAAUUGACAGACAUUAUGGCAGAUAUUGAUGAUGAACUUAAAUCUGUUCUUUUAAGUAACAAUGCUUUUCGAGAACUCUUUGACUUUUAUGAAUCUGAUAUUUAA